AUGAGGCUCCUAACCCACAAUUUGAUAGCCUGCAACCGGCGUCAGUGCACCGGAGGCUUUCCGUUGAGGAUUGUCGUGGACGAGAAAAGCGAAGAGGCAACGACUGCCGAGUCUUCGGAGUUUCAGCCAGAGCUCGUUCGGCAACUGCUCGCAAAGCUGGACUGGGAAGCGCUCGUUAAAACCGCCGAGCAAUUCGGACUCCCGCUGCCUCCGAACUUCACCGAGGCCGAUAAGACAGACGAGCACUUUCUUCGCGCCGUGCACGAGGCGGUCAUUGAGUUCCAUGUGCUCGAAGGCAAGCUGGUGUGCCCCGUCUGCACCAGAGAGUAUCCGAUCUCCAACGGAAUUCCCAACAUGCUUCUCCAGGAUGACGAAGUGUAG